UCUGGUUUACAGUAAGUGGGUGGGUCAACUAUUUGGACUGCUACUGCUAAAACACUGUGUCACUUCUUCUGUCUAAUACUCCAACACAACUCUCGGACAUGAUGAUCAGCACAGUAAGGAUGGUGACUAGCUGGGCCGGACUGCUCUUAUUAUCAUUAGGCGUGGUCACUUCUGAGGUCAGGAGAACCGGCGAUUUGGUUGUGCAAGGGACAGAUUGCACUGAAAUAAAAACAGUUUCCCCAGAUGCGUCAAGUGGCAUCUAUACCAUUCAGCCAUCUGGAUUUAAAAGACCUUUCAAGGUUUACUGUGAGAUGCGGAAGGAUGGAGGAUGGACUGUUAUCCAGAGGAGGUCCGGUGGAAAGGUUUCCUUCAACAGGAACUGGAAAGAAUAUAAGAGGGGAUUUGGAAAUAUUCAGAAGGAACACUGGCUGGGCCUUGCCAAUAUAUAUGCUCUAACCAAAAGCAAGGAUCAUAAAUCAACACUCAGAGUAGACCUGUGGGACUUUGAAGGCGGUUCUGUCUAUGCUAAUUACCAAAAUUUUCACAUCGGCAGUGAGAAGACAGCCUAUAAACUGCAUGUUGGAAAUUACAGUGGCACUGCAGGUGAUGCUAUCCGUGGCGCAUAUGCUGGCAUUGACCAGAAUGGCUAUGGUUUCAGUACAUAUGACCGCGACAAUGAUGGCUGCUCCCCAUGCAUUUUUGGGGAUAUUGCGGUUGAGGACUGCAGCACUAAAGAGGGUGGAGGAUGGUGGUUCAGUCGCUGUGGCUCAGCUGAACUGCAUGGAGAUUGGCACUCUAAGGGAAAUAAUCGGGGCUGGGCAUCUGGCCUCCACUGGCUCACCUGGAGAUCCCCUGAGCCGUACUCAGCUAAGGCAACACGCAUGAUGGUCAAGACCAUUAAGCAGUCAUAGAUUUGUGCAUCUGCAGCAAGCAACAAAAUGAUGUAUUGCUUUGUAGUGUUUAACACACAAUAAAAAUAUGCCAAUUUCAUUGUAUAUUUACAGUCUGAAUGGGUUUCCUCCCAGUUCUCCAGUUUCCUCCUACUGUCCAUACACACACACGUAGCCUAAUUGGCCACACAAAAUUGCCCCUAAGUGUAAUUAGUGUGUGAAUAUGUAUGUGCACCCAUCCAGGGUGAAUUCUCCAACCUUGCGCCGAGUGUUACCAGGAUUAGCUUCAGAUCCACCAUGACCACCAUGAAUGUAUAUUUUCACCAUUAUCACUGUGUACUAGACCAUUUUCUGUUUCAUAUUUUGAAUGUUGGCUAUAUUCAUUACACUUCAGGACUCCGCAUCCUAAUUCUACAGGGUGUCCCAAAAGUCUCCAUGCAUAGGGGACUACGUUUGCCAGGACCACUAUGUUUGUCAGUGACUUUGUCACUGGACGUUCGUGGACGUCCACUUCUCGGUUGGGCCACAACACUUCCAGUCUUUUUAAAGAAUGAUUUGAGAAUGAUUUCAAUACAUUCUUCUUUUGUCAAAGGCAGGCUAUCUGAAGGAAGAAAAAAAAAAACCUAAGUAAAAAUUUUGGACGACAUUUUGCUUAAGUGUUAUGGAGACUUUUAGGACACCCUGUAUUUUGCAUACUAAAUGUUAAUGUUCAUGAAAUAUUUACCCAUAGUUGUUCACAGAUUGAAAGCUGUGUUUCCUCAACUCUCUCCUGAAGGCCUACGUUCCCUCUCGCAAUCUGCGAUCGAUUAGCGACCGACGUUUAGCAGUUCCAACUCAGCGUGGCGCUAGGUCCCUUUCCAAAACCUUCACACUAACUGUUCCUCAGUGGUGGAAUGCACUUCCAAUAUCAAUCCGGACCGCAGAAUCUCUCACCAUCUUCAAAAAACAACUAAAGUCCCACCUCUUCAAUGAGCACCUAACAAACUCAUUAAAAAAAAAAAAAAAAUUGCACUUACACCUCUACUCUGCACUUUGCUUCUUCUGGAAUUCAAUUAAUGGAUCUCGUAUGGUAGCACUUAUUGUAUUGUUCUCUGCUUGAUAUCGCUUUGCUUGUAUCUUUCUCAUUUGUAAGUCACUUUGGAUAAAAGCCUCUGCUAAGUGCAUAAAUGUAAAUGUAAUGUAAUGUUUCACUAUCAGUAUAACAACACUGAGGUGAUGUUUGGUCUUGGGUUAGGUAACAUCCAGAACUUUUAAGAAAAUCAUGAAAAAUGAUGGACCUUGUGGGAGAAAACAUGCCAAAGCAAGCUAUUGAUAACACAAAUGUAAACACAAAACACACAUGAGGUCACCAUCAUCAUUCUUACUGUAAAUAUUCAGUUCGUUUAGUAGCAACAUUUACUCAGUCCCAAGCUCUAAAGCCUCUUUUAUGUAAACACGCUUCCAUUAACUACAGAGCUUACAGUCCUUUAGACUAGUGGGUAUCUUUAUCUUUGCAGAUUUAAAAAGAAUUAUGCUUUUAUGAAGUUUGCUUUAGUAAAUGCUUUUAAAAACGUACUGUUAUUGUGAAGAUGCAAAUAAAAAUUUUUGCAUGCUU